AUGAGCAAAGAUAGACGCAAAAUUGAGAGCAUUCAAAAUGAAUCAUCUAUCCACCCAUUCACAUUGGUUGAGACUUCUGGUCGAAAGAGAGAUGCGGGCUACCACCAAGUUCGAGAACACAAGCUCUUGCUACAGCAACAUGGGCGACUACCAAUCCCCAAGUCUUUGAUACAGUCAUGGGAUGUGCACGCCAUCCCCUUCUUUAUGAAGAGCAUAAAGCCAGCGUAUGACCUGGCCAAAGGCAUUUUCGGGGUUAUUCCGCGUAUUAUUUCCAACGAAGGUCCUUGCUCUGCUGUUUACUAUGCUUGUAACGCUGUUGCCUCUGUAUAUUUGGCACAGAAAAGUCGGUCAACGGCUGUUAGAGCUUUUCGGGGAAAAUCCUACGGAACUGCUAUUAGGGCUGUGAGUAUGGCUCUUGAUGAUUUUCACCAGUCCAGGACCGACGGGACUCUGUUGGCUAUUUGGUUGCUGGGGUGUUAUGAGCUCAUCCUCUCCUUCAGAGAAGGCAUAGAUUCAGUAGUUGUGUCUUCUGGGUGGUUAUUCCACAACCAAAUAAUCACAGAGCUCUUGCGCCGAAGAGGACCAGAACAACUUGCUACUAUAGAAGGGAGGAACUUGUUUUCGAUUCUUUUCACAAACAUGCCGCCUCAGGAAAUGCAAGCAUUCAUGACCGGUAGACAGUGGGAAGAUGCCAAUACGUGGAUUUUUAGCUUCUACAAAUACUGUGAUCCGUCUGAAUAUCAAAUUCUUCGCACAUGGAUUUUUAGCCACCAUUGCAGCCUCAUAUGCAGCCGCAUUCAAGUCCUGCUUGACGCCGGUGACCUAAACAAUCUACGUUCCAACGUAACAUCGAUUCUACAAGAGGUAGAUCAAGUCGAGACGGCAAUGCAUCCCUUGCAAUCAUCUGAUCCGACAGCACAAGCCAUAAUGGCAGACCAUGUAAUAGAACCUCCUUCACCAUCAUAUCUCAAACACCGCACAUCUCCGCGCUGGCAGGCCGACGAUACUACGCAUUACCUAGCAUCCCAGAUCCAGCGGCGAAACUUUCGCAUGCGCGUCUCAUACCAUGUACUCAAACUAUUGCGCCAUGCAUGCAGAGCACCCAACUGCACUGCUCAGGAAUACAUGAUAUAUACAGCGAAACAAAUCCAGUGCGUGGACGAAAUCCACACGUUGGCUUUUGAGCUUUUGUUUCUCCUGAAUCCAGAUUUCCCUAUGACCCAAGAUCAUGACGAGCGAAAAGAAACCCACAAGAGAAAAGAUAAAUAUAGCAUGGCUGAGAUGAAGAAAUAUGUCAAAGUAUGCGUUGACCUCGACCUGGAUUCAGACGAUAAAUGUACUCUUGUUUUCCAUCAUACCGAGGAUGGGGUUUUGGUGCUUGGUCUCAGUUUCGGAGAUGAGAAAGAGAUUGAUAGAUAG